AUGAAUGCAAAUGGAUUUUUCUUCUUCAAGUUCUCAGACCAAACGGGUAUGAUGAAUGCACUUAAAGAAGGUCCAUGGAUUAUUCGUUCACAGCCUCUAUUCUUAAACAUAUGGUCGGCUUCCACUAAACUUGAAAAGAAAGAAGUAAAAAAGUUGCAGCUUUGGGUUAAGAUUCACGAUGUCCCAAUUGCUGUCUACACGGAGCAUGGGUUGAGCCUCAUUGCCACGGCGAUUGGGGAACCUAAAAUGUUGGAUUCAUAUACAACAACUAUGUGUACGGACGCUUGGGGGAGAAGUAGUUAUGCUCGUGCAUUGAUUGAAAUUUCAGCGGAGAACGAUUUCAAGGAGGAAUUAGUUAUAGCUGUUCCAGAGCUUGAGGGUGACGGAUUUGUUAAAGAAAAGAUGUUCGUUGAGUAUGAAUGGAGUCCGUACAGGUGUAGUCACUGCCGAGUCUUUGGUUACUCUGAUGAUACUUGUCCGAAACAAGCCAAAACUACUAGGCAUCAUGGAAGUAUGGCCAAUAAUGGGAAGAAACAAACCCAUGCAGCUAAACCUCGGGACCAGGCUAAGAAUUUGGUUGAUGAUGAGGGUUUUACAGGUGUUGACGAUAAGAAGACUGCGAAGCGUUCUGGGUUUCCGGUCAAUAAGCAAAAACCAAAAUUCGAAUACAGACCUAUUGGCACUAAGUCAGGUGGGAGUAUCAAGAAACCUGAAAAAUCGAACACAGUGGUGUCUAAUAAUCCCUUUAAUGUUCUUCGGGAGGAAGUUGGGGAAUCUAGCAAACAGGCUCGGAUAGUGGAUGAUGGACCAGAUUAUUCGGAUGAUGACGAGGUGAGGGAGGUUUACAAUGAGACGAAUGACUUUCUCAAAGUUGAUCCAAGCCAUGAUAUUCACAAAAAAGGGGCAAGCACUCCUUCUUUAGAGGUGUCUCAAUGA